AUGCCUAAGAAACUCAUCACCAUCCUCGGCGCCACUGGCACGCAGGGCGGCUCUGUUGCAAACCGCUUCCUCUCUCACGCCGAAUGGCGCGUCCGCGGACUAACACGUAACCCCGGCUCCGCCAAGGCCAAGGAAUGGAGCCGUCGAGGCGUUGAGAUGGUCAAAGGCGACUACGACGAUUUGGAGUCCCUCAAAGCAGCCUUCCAAGGCGCCAAUGCCAUCUUUGCUGUAACUGAUUGGGCCACGUGCUUCACGCGUGUUAGCGAGGACAAGACCCUGCAGGACGAGGCAGAGGCAGCGGGAAUGUCAUUUGAGGAGUACGCAGGAGAUCUCGAAACGCUGCAAGCUAUCAAUGUGGCAACGGCCGCAUCUGACCCGAAGGUACUUUCGACGCUCGACAAGUUUAUCUUUUCCACCCUCGCUCCUGUGCAGCGCAUCAGUGGUGGCAAGUACAAGCACGCAUACGAAUUCGACUCAAAGGCCGCUGCUGAGCGCUACAUGCGGGAACGCCUGCCGGAUCUGCGCUCCCGUCUGAGUACUGUUACCAUGGGCAUCUUUCAGGAGACGUGGAGAGACAUAGCCGCCUUCCGGCCGCAUAAGCUGCCCAAUGGCACGUUUGAAUACGUACGCCUUAGGACGUCCGGCAGGCACCAGGCGAACCCCGAGGUUGUGGCGACUCGUGACACGGGCGUGUUUGUUGAGGCACUUGUUCUUCAUCACCCACCGGGAACAGAUGUUCUGGGCGCCAGCGAGAUCCUCACUAAGCCCGAAUACGCAGCUACCUGGGGCCGCACGCUAGGAGUCGAGGCAAAAGUGAGAGACGUCGACGAGGACGAAUACGUAAAGUAUCUACCCGAGGGAUUUGAGGCGACCGUUAUCGACGAUGUCAGAUUCUUUGCCGAAUACGGCUAUGCUGGCGGAAAUCCCAAGGUCAAGACGCCGGCCGAGCUGGGUAUCAAGACGACUGCUCUGGAAGACUUUUUUCGGGAUGAGGACUGGAGUGCUGUGUUGAAGGGGGAAAUAUGA